UGUUUGUUCUAACUCACACCUCUAAUUUCGAGUGGAUAUGUUCUCAUUUCAGCCACAAGGAUAUUUCUCUUUCCCUAUUAUUGUAACUGCUGUUUAUACCGUCGCUUCCCCGAAGGGCCCCCGCCAUCCCCGAAUGGUCUGUACCACCUUCACCUCCGGUUCUAGGUGUCAUGGCAGCCUCGAGAGUCUUGUAAGAGUGUAAGACCGGUGAGGGGGGAGGGUUGGAAGCCCUCGCCCCGAAACCUAGUGGGGUAAAGUUGCGUCUUGGUUGUGGAGGCAACAACUCCGACUCCUUGGCCAUGGCGGCGUCUGGGAGUGGUAUGGCCCAGAAAACCUGGGAAUUGGCCAACAACAUGCAAGAAGCUCAGAGUAUCGAUGAAAUCUACAAAUACGACAAGAAACAGCAGCAGGAAAUCCUGGCGGCGAAGCCCUGGACUAAGGAUCACCAUUACUUUAAGUACUGCAAAAUCUCAGCAUUGGCUCUCCUGAAAAUGGUGAUGCAUGCCAGGUCAGGAGGCAACUUGGAAGUGAUGGGUUUGAUGCUGGGAAAGGUGGAUGGUGAGACUAUGAUCAUCAUGGACAGUUUUGCUUUGCCUGUAGAGGGCACUGAAACCCGGGUAAAUGCCCAGGCUGCUGCAUAUGAGUACAUGGCCGCAUACAUCGAAAACGCCAAGCAGGUUGGCCGCCUUGAAAAUGCAAUUGGUUGGUAUCAUAGCCACCCUGGCUAUGGCUGCUGGCUCUCUGGGAUAGAUGUUAGUACUCAGAUGCUCAAUCAGCAGUUCCAGGAACCAUUCGUAGCAGUCGUAAUCGAUCCAACUAGAACAAUAUCUGCAGGAAAAGUGAACCUUGGCGCCUUUAGGACAUACCCAAAGGGCUAUAAACCACCUGAUGAAGGACCUUCUGAGUACCAGACUAUCCCACUUAAUAAAAUAGAAGACUUUGGUGUACACUGCAAACAAUACUAUGCCUUGGAAGUUUCGUAUUUCAAAUCCUCUUUGGAUCGCAAAUUGCUUGAACUUCUCUGGAAUAAAUACUGGGUGAAUACACUGAGUUCUUCUAGUUUGCUUACUAAUGCAGACUACACCACUGGUCAGGUCUUUGAUUUGUCUGAAAAGUUGGAGCAAUCAGAAGCCCAGCUGGGACGAGGGAGUUUCAUGCUGGGUUUAGAAACACAUGACCGAAAGUCAGAAGAUAAACUUGCCAAAGCAACACGAGAUAGCUGUAAAACUACCAUAGAAGCUAUCCAUGGAUUGAUGUCUCAGGUUAUUAAGGAUAAACUGUUUAAUCAAAUUAACAUCUCUUAAGCAAUCACUGAGUAAUACUUUUUGCCUGAAAGCCAGUAGGAGAAAAAUACUCAAGUAGAACUUUUAAACCAGUUACCAGAAAUCUGAUUAGAAGUAUAAGGUGCUCUGAAGUGUCGUGAAUAUUAACAACCUGUAAUAAAGCGCUUUAAAAUGAAA